GCUCAGAGAAGGUCCCGCAGGAGGGGCUGCCCUCCCUGGUCUCCGUGGCCUGGAGCGUGGAGCACUGGCCGGGGUGGAUCCCCUCCCCUGCAGUCGGUCGGCCUCCUCUCCCGCCCCCUUGCCCAGGGCCUCCAGAACCUCACGCCCAACCCAGCUGUGACAGGUGAAGGGACCAGGGCUCCUCCACCAUCCCCGCGCAGCUCUCUGCUGGCUCCACAAACCGCCCAGGGAGUCAGACCCGGGAAAGGGAAAGAGGGGGCUUUGACCAGGGGCUGCACGACCACCUUGGGUGGGACCCAAGGCCCCUGCCUCCCCGAGGUGCUCCCGGCCCCAGCUCCUGACAGCAGAGCCCGUGGACUCAUGGCCUCAAGACUUCUCCUGGUGCUCGCCCUCUGGGUGGGCUGCUCACCCUGCAGCGGGAGAGAAGCAGCCCCCACCCAGCCCAGGGUGCGGUGCCGGGCCUCUAGGUACCCGAUUGCCGUGGAUUGCUCCUGGACCCUGCUGCCCACUCCACACUCCGCCAAGCCCACAUCCUUCAUUGCCUCGUACAGGUCAGAGUGCCCAGGAGGGUGUCCUGGGGUUUCACGCUGGGGCCAGGACAGCUGGAGGCCUACGCUGAGGCCCUCACGCUGCCCCUGCGUGUCCAGGCGCGGCGUGGCUGCCCACGGGGAGAGCCGGCCCUGCCUCCAGCUGACCCCUGAGGCCACUAGCUGCACCAUCCCAGACGUCCAGCUGUUCUCCAUGGUGCCUUAUAUACUCAACGUCACAGCGGUCCAGCCCUGGGGAAGCAGCAGCAGCUUCGUGCCCUUUGUUCCCGAGCAUAUCAUCAAACCAGACCCUCCCGAAAGCGUCCGCCUGAGCCCCCUCCCUGGGCAGCGGCUGUGGGUGCAGUGGGAACCCCCCCGGUCCUGGCCCUUCCCAGAGAUCUUCUCACUCAAGUACUGGAUCCGAUACAAGCAUCACGGAUCGGCCCGCUUCCGCCAGGUGGGGCCUAUUGAAGCCACAUCCUUCACCCUCAGGGCUGUGAGGCCCCAAGCCAAGUACUGCAUCCAGGUGGCUGCUCAGGACCUCACCGACUAUGGGGAAGCAAGUGACUGGAGUCUCCCUGCUGCUGCCUCCAAGCCCCUGGGCAAAUAGUGGGGCUUCCCAGCCCCCCCCCCGCCCAGAAGAGGGGCUGGGUCCUUGACAUCCGCCCCCCACUGCCACCCACUCAAGGACGGACGGGAUCCAUCUGGCCUGGGUUCACUGCUGCCAAGUCGCUGCGCAACACUGGACAAGUGACUUUGCCUUUCUGAGCCUGUUUGUCAAUCUGUGAAAUGGGGAUGCACUUCUCCCUUAGGCCGCAGUACAGGGCUCUGUGAACUGUGAACUUCUGAUGUUUUUUAUUGUUUAACUAAAAAAGGAUUGUUGCUGGAA